AUGAAUGUGUCCAACAGCUGCAACUCAGGAUUCAACUCCCCGGAAGAGGCGUAUGUCUACGUGAGCCUCUAUGGCCUCCUCUUCAUCCUUGGGCUCACUCUCAACGCCCUGGCCCUGUGGGUCUUUUGCUGCCGGAUGAGAAAGUGGACAGAGACACAGGUGUACAUGGUCAACCUGGCCGUGGCUGACGGCUGUCUGGUCUUGGUUUUUCCCAUCGUCAUUUACUUCACCAAGACCAGCUGCUUCGAGGACCUCUCGUGCCAGGUCCCCCAAGGCAUCUAUCUUGUCAACGUAUACAUGAGCAUCUGCAUCCCCACGGCUAUCGGCAUGGACCGCUACGUGGCCAUCAAGUACCCGCUGAAGGCCAAAGUCCUUCGAACGCCGGGACGGGCCGCCAUCGUCUGUGCCCUCCUCUGGGUUGUAGUCAUCAGCAUGAUGGCGUUCCGGGUCGUAUGGCAGAUCCACGAUGAUGCCUUCUGCUUUCACAAGGCAACUCGGAUCCAUACCUCGGUGGCACUCUUCUCCAUGCUGGGGUUUUUCCUCCCACUAGGAAUCCUUGUCUUUUGUACACUCCAGAUCGUGUGCACUCUGCUGAAGGUCCAGAGGAGGGAGAUAUCAGAGAUCAGACAGACCCGCAAGAGCGUGUCCAUGGUGUUGGCCAACCUGGCUGUGUUUGUCAUUUGCUUCUUGCCCUUGCACCUGUCAAUCGUUCUCAACUUCUUCCUGGGACAUAAUGACAGAUUCAAAAAGGUCUUCAAAAUAGUCACCCUCCUGUCCAAUACCAACUGCUGCCUGGAUGCCAUCUGCUACUACUUUGUGGCCAAGGAGUUCCAGCAGGUGAAUCCAUUCUUCUUCCUCAGGUGUAGACAACCUGGACGUGUGGCCAAUCAGAGACAAGAAUUGCAGGACAAGACUUGCACAACCCUACUGUAG